GACACAAGCCCAACGUAACGCGUAACAAGCAAGCUAACGCUAAUGAGCCCUGUAACCAGUAUGUGCCGUUCUGGCAACCUUGUAAGCAGGUUAACUGAGAUGAGAGGGUAGCUAACAUUAGACGUUUUGAAUGACGAUUAUUUAUUUCAGUUGCUGCAUCAACGCUGCAUCACUAGCUUGUAAGGUAGUUACUUAAUUAAGAUGAAUUGUACAUCCAACUAACUUCACAGCAUUUUAUAAUUGAAUGUGCGGUGCGUUUUGCGUUUUAAUAUCAAGAGUCUUUAGCCGGUUAGCUAGCAUGCUGGUUUUCGCUUGAUAUCACUUAAGAUGUGUUCAAACUAGCCUAUUUUCCUUCUGUAUGAUUUAACAGACUACUACCUUUUACCAACAUAUUGACAUAAACACCAAUGUUUGAGUGGUAUAUACUUAGGCCAUCUCACAAGUUUUAUUUCUGUUCAUCAUACACACGAAGCUGUAAUCAUGGUCAGACAUACUUUUGGUUGAACUGUUGAGUAAGACUGGCUUGGAUCAAACUCGUGAAAAAUAAAAGACACUGGGACCAGUACCGGGCUCUCGUAUUAAUGCACAAAGGGCUUAUCAGUGAGAGAAGGGGAAGCAUGCAGGAAUGUACACAUAGGAACUUGUUAUGGAAGGAGUAACAGAAUAGGUAGCGAAAGGAAAACUUACUGACAAUACCGACACCCACCAAAGUGUAGGGAAGGGAAGGAAAAUGGUGAGCAAGAGAAUUGAUUGGCAAUUGUUUAAUCUCUGAACCAAACACCCAAAAAUAAGAGAGAGUGAAAGAUAUAAAAACAUUUGUACCCUUGCCAAUAAUCUAAGACCGAUUCGGGCAAGAAGCCCCAUAGCACCAGUAUCUGUGGGAGAUGGGCGGUGUGAUGGGACCGGUCCUGCUCUGGCUGCAGGAUGUGGUGGCAGUUACAGUCCUGAGGGCCCGCCGGACACUGCUGCAGGCUGCCAUCUUGCUCUGCGUCCUGGUGCUCUUACUCUGGGUGGCCAUCUUCCUUUAUGGUAGCUUCUACUAUUCCUACAUGCCUACGGUCAGCUUCACCACACCUGUGCACUACUAUUACAGGACUGACUGUGAUUCCUCCAGCUCAGCCGUCUGUUCCUUUCCUAUGGCAAACGUUUCCCUUUUGAAGAAUGGUAGAGACCAGGUGAUGCUGUACGGACAGCCUUAUCGGAUAUCUUUAGAACUGGAGAUGCCUGAGUCCCCAGCCAAUCAGCAGCUUGGCAUGUUCAUGGUCAAGAUGUCCUGCUACAGUAAGAGUGGCCAGACCAUCAAGUCCGUGGCUCGUUCAGCUAUGCUGCACUACCGCUCUGGCCUGCUACAGAUAUUGAGCACUCUGUUUUUCUCUCCUCUCCUGCUGUCUGGAGUAACAGAGCAGAAACAGUUUGUUGAAGUGGAACUCUUCUCAGACCACCGGGAGAAUUUUUACCAGCCCACCACAGGCGCAGUGAUCGAGAUCCAGUCCCAGUUGGUUCAAAUCUAUGGCGCCCAGCUCAGGAUACACGCUCACUUUACUGGCAUCAGGUACUUCCUGUACAACUUCCCCCUGAUGUCGGCAGUGAUUGGCGUGGCCAGCAACUUCACCUUCCUUAGCGUUAUGGUCCUCUUCAGCUACCUGCAGUUUACCUGGGGUGGGGUCUGGCCUCCCGAGCAGGUCAGAGUUAGGGUAAUGAUGGGAGAUGCAACUCGCCUUCAGCAGAGGAAAGAGGAGGCUCGAAAACGUAUUGGAUCCUCCAGUUCACAGAAAAAAAUAAUGGAGACAGGAAAUGACAUCACUACAGACCCUGCAGAAGGAGCCAGGCUAGAGUCUGUAAAGCGUAAAGGUGAGCUGGAGACACUGGGGACAGUCUCCCCUGUGAAUAAAGUACCCGACUUCCCGCAGGACAGCACCACAGAUUUGGAGUCAUUGACAGAGAGACAUCCUGUGUUAGUCCAAGGUCUUGAAGGAGGAGGAACAGGGUCAGAAGAAGAGUGCUCGCUCCCUUGCACUGCUCUCCGCCAGAGACAGGGACCCCAGAUGAGUAGCUGAACAAGGUCACAGCAAAUACUCACAUGAUCACUCAUGCCUUUUAUUGCUUUUAUACUUCUGUGAAUGGACAUUUUGCAUUUUGUUUUUUUUAAAUCCAGUUAGAGGAAGCUUCAAAUGUGGGAUCUCCUUAUGUUACAUUAAGCAACUUUAUUGUGCUACCAUGACCCUCUCUCUCUCUCGCUCUCUCACACACACACACACACACAGACAAACGCACACGUCAAAGCAAGCAUCCCCAUGCAUUUAGACAAUUGCUUCAAGCAAUUGUAUACAUGUAAGUGGACCUUGUCUUAACCUCUUUCCUUGAAUGUUUUUCCAUUUUAUAAAUUUACCUCAUUUCUACAAACCAUUGUGACCUCUGCUGUAGCCUGGUUUUCCACUCUUAUCCCCUGGCAUGUGGGUCUACCUCAGUGAUGUCACUGCUGAAGUUUCAUUACUCUUAUCCACUGUGUAUGACAGCUAAAACCAACAUGCUAGUUUAUUAUUGUUCAUUAUAAUCAUUAUAAUUAUUAUAUUAAGGCUAGAUAAUCCCAUAGACGUGCAGCUACUAGAUGUAUGCUAGUUCAUGCUGUUACAGGGAGCAUAAAGCUUUGUUCAAAUUUAGCUGCCUUUCUGCCAAAAAAAACUUCUAUUUAUUGCAGACUUAGAUUACAGUUUGGGGAGUGGGGGGUUUGGUGAAGGAAUGAUCCUCUUUAAAUGUUACUGAAGCUUUUAUUCUCUGAUUCUUGUGUUAUUUUGAAGAGGAAAUGCAUGUUUUCAUGUCGAUGUAAAUGUUCUCUUAAAAGUUAUAAUCCAUAACAGUAUGUCAUGUCAUAAAUGCCUCAUCAUAAAUGGCUUUUAUUUAGUAGGCAUAUAUUCAGUGUGUGUUUACGGGACCUGCUUAUAAGAUGUUUUACCUCCUACAUGAAACCUCCUGGUUUUAACUGUAAUGUGGUUACCAUUUCCUGUAGAACUGAAUGAGAUAGUGGAUGUGGUUUUCAACACGAGUACAUUUAGUAUGUUGAAUCUUACAUGACCAUAAUGAUCCCGUUUUAUUAUUGUACUAUUGGGUUAUGUGUUAUCCAAGAAAUAACUCUUUUAAUGUGUCUAUACUUCAGUUGGCAUUACAUAAACAAGGAGAGCAGUUUCACAAACGAUGCAAGUAGCACUGAUGUUUUGUUAUAGGUGCUGAGGUGAAGAAAAAUAGCAGAAACUAAUGUGUACUAAUUAGUUUAACUGGGUUUCAUUUUAUUCUCAUUGAGAGAGCCCCUUUUUCAGGCAUAUGGGGUGCCUGAAAGGCCAGAUGGCUGUCCCUUUUGUGGGUAUGUUUGUACUUUGGGACUGAAAUGUGGGAGCAGAUUUAAUUUUGUCACAAAAUAAUUACCUCAGAAGUUUGUUCAGUCUAAUGUAUAUCUUAAUAUAGAAAUGCUGUGAUACCUCUGAGAUUGCAGUGUAAACGUGCAACCCUGUCAUUUACUCAUAUUUACCAUUUUCUUUGAAGUGUGAUAGUCCCUCAUCUGGAGUUUGUUCUGCACCAGUCAGUGUUUGUUUAUCAUCAUAGGAAGUGGCCUACAGUGUGCUGUGACCUUCCUGAUUGCAAUGUACGUAGUAAACAUGCACGUGUACAAACGUUCUGAAAAAGCUAUAGUUAUUUUAAUGUGUUAUGUCGGCUGCUAUAAUGUAGCCAUUACGCGCAAUUGUCAUUUGGAGAAGCAGUCGAUGAACAUUCGAUACGCAAUAAAACAUUAAAGCAAGUA